CUCUCUCUCUCUCUCAUCCCACCAAAUCUCUCUCUCUUAUUUCGCCGGCAAUUUCAAAUAUCAAUUGCCAUUUAAGCUCUCUCUCUCUCUCUCUCUCUGUCCGUCUGUCUCUCUCCCUGUGGAAGCUGUAAGUUCCAAUUAAGUUCCAAUCAAAUCAAAUCAAAUCAAGCAGGCAGAGAGAUCACCAGCACUGAAACUUCCAAUCGAAGCUUCAGGAACGAAGCGAAGAUGUCGUUCGUGGUCGGGCUGGUGAUCGGACUCGCGGUAGGCAUCGGUCUCAUCGUCGUCUUCGUCCGCUCCGAGAAUUCCCGAUCUAGGCGCCGCUCUGAACUCGCGACGACGAUCGCGGCGUUUGCGAGAAUGACGGUGGAAGAUUCCAGAAAGAUUCUGGCGCCAGAGUACUACCCAUCCUGGGUCGUAUUUUCUCAGCGCCAGAAGUUGACAUGGCUAAACCUUCAGCUCACAAAGAUCUGGCCCUAUGUCAACGAGGCGGCGUCCGAACUAAUCAAACGUAGUGUUGAGCCGAUUCUUGAACAGUACAGGCCAAUUAUAUUGUCUUCUUUGAAAUUUUCCAAAUUCACUCUCGGCACUGUCGCCCCACAAUUCACAGGGGUUUCCAUUAUUGAAGAUGAUGGUGGUGGUGGUAUCACAAUGGAGUUAGAGAUGAAUUGGGAUGGGAAUCCUAGUAUAAUACUUGAUAUCAAGACUAGACUGGGUGUGGCACUACCAGUGCAGGUGAAGGAUAUUGGAUUCACUGGCGUUUUCAGAUUGAUCUUUAAGCCACUUGUUGACCAGUUGCCUUGCUUUGGUGCUGUAUGUUAUUCUUUAAAAGAAAAGAAAAAGAUGGAUUUCAAACUUAAAGUUAUUGGUGGUGAUAUUAAAGCAGUACCUGGCCUUUCUGAUGCUAUUGAGGGGACAAUACAUGAUGCUAUUGAAGAUUCUAUUCUAUGGCCAGCUCGGAAAAUUGUACCAAUUAUACCUGGAGAUUACAGCGACCUAGAGCUUAAGCCUGUUGGAGUUUUAGAAGUGAAACUUAUACAAGCAAAGGAGUUGACGAAUAAGGACAUUAUUGGGAAAUCUGAUCCUUUUGCUGUGUUAUAUGUACGGCCUCUAGCUGAUAGAAUGAAAACAAGCAAAACAAUUAAUAAUCAGUUGAAUCCAGUGUGGAAUGAACACUUUGAAUUUAUAGUUGAAGAUGCAACCACACAACACUUGGUGGUAAAAGUAUAUGAUGAUGAAGGGAUCCAGGCAUCAGAACUCAUUGGGUGUGCUCAAAUACGGCUGAAUGAACUUGAGCCUGUUAAAGUAAAGGACGUGUGGUUGAAGUUGGUGAAAGAUUUGGAGCUCCAACAAGAUAAUAAAAACCGAGGCCAGGUCCACUUGGAGCUAUUGUACUGUCCAUAUGGCAUGCAAAAUGGGUUUACUAACCCUUUCACCUCCAAUGUUUCAAUGACCUCAUUGGAAAGGGUUCUUAAAGGUGGCAUGGAAGGGAAUGGAGCCGAUGAAAAUGGAAACCAGAAAAGAAGGGAGGUAAUUGUGAGGGGAGUACUGUCUGUAACUGUGAUAUCAGCUGAAGACUUGCCACCAGCAGACAUAAUGGGGAAGGCUGACCCCUACGUUGUGCUCACUUUGAAAAAAGCAGGAACGAAAAACAAAACCAGGGUAGUGAAUGAAAGUCUGAAUCCAGAAUGGAAUCAAACUUUUGACUUUGUUGUGGAGGACGGGUUGCAUGAUAUGCUAAUUCUGGAAGUCUGGGACCAUGACACCUUUGGGAAGGACUAUAUGGGGCGAUGCAUCAUGACACUAACAAGGGUCAUGCUGGAAGGGGAAUUCAAGGACAGCUUCGAUCUAGAUGGAGCAAAAUCAGGAAGGCUGAACUUGCAUCUCAAGUGGUCACCUCAACCAAUUUACCGCGAUUCAUAGCAGGCAUAUAUGUGUAUACGCCCUUCAUGUUGUCCGAAUUAUGCCAGCUGCCCCAGAGAACCAACUUUAUAAUGGAGUAAUAGAUCAUGAAUGAGCAAGUGUUGCUGUAUAUACAUUGUUUCACAACUACAGAGACAACACUGUAAAUUAAGUUGGGAAGAGACAUCUCUCUAGUAUUUUUUAUUGGUACUAAUUAGAAGUAGAGGAUACAAUAAACCAAAAUAGCUAGAGAGUCCUAAGAAGUAGUGCUUAUUGGGUAGCUAGAUAGAUAGAUCAUAGAUAGAUGGCCAACUUCCAUGUAUGUUUUAAGAAGUGUUGCUUUUACUAUUGGCUUUCGACUCUGUAAAAGAUAUUUUAUUGUGACAUUUACAAUAUCUUGGAAUUUGGAUCCCCAUGCUCUCUGUUUGCA